ACUUUGGAACAGCUUUUCACUAAAAGCACUCAGUUUGUUUUCUUUUGGUUUCCUUGGCGCGGAGGAACCGUUGUUUUCUAACCGCAGAUUUGACUUCCUAAAAUUUGUCUUUAGCUAAAACAAAAAGAACCGCCGCGCAGGUGCAAGUGAUUUAUUGGUGAUUUUCAUUGGUCGGUUCAAUUCAAUAUUGACUGUUCCGGAAAUAUAUGUUACUUUAUGAUAAUAGAAUAUUGUCUAGGAAAGAUAUUAUUCUGGAUUUUCUCAAACUAAAGGAGGCUUGAAAACUUUAUGAUGGCAAAGUUGCAAGCAGAUCCAUUGUCGCUAAUGAGUAACCCUCAAUUUGGAAUCGCUCAAUGUCAUUAGACAGACUAGGAAGUGGGUGUGAUAUUUCGUGAGAUGUGAUGAACAAUGUUCAGUAUUAUCCCGCGAAUCAUGAACUGCGCCAGUGUUCCAGGUUCUCAUAAGGGGGGAGGCUAAGGGCUAUUUUAAUUCAAAUUUCAAAUUGUUCAGCUAUUUAAGUUUGACUUAACAAAACAAAUGGGUCCAUGUUAUUAGUCGGUGAUCAAAGGAUGUGAUAUGAGCCAAUCGAGAUAUCUUUGAUGACCUGUCCAAAUUUAAGUUCAUCCGUUUCCGAAGAUUUCUCAAUUCUAUUUGACUGUCAAAGGUAUUAACUAGUCUUCAAAUCUGCCUGACGAGUCAAGAAAAUCUCACAGCAGAAAAAUACUCGCAGCUACAGAUGUCCUAAGGAGAUAAUUUUUGCUGCGUAAAAUUGGUAUAUUUCUUAUCACGUCCGUUGAAUUAAUCAGCUGGCCGACUCACUUAGUUUUCAAUAGCACUGUAACUUUGGAACAGGGAGGCAAAUAUCAUUAUAUAUUCCGAAAACAAUUGAAUACUGAACGUAGCGAAUAUUUAUAUAGUUUAACUGACAAGAAGAACAGUCUUCAUUUGGCAAUCUUUUGUCAGUUUGUAAGAGGUCUUUUAUAGCGAGGAAGACAGCCGUUGUACCAGAGGUCAAGCUUGACACUGCGAGCCUUCGAGAGACAAACAACGUCAUGCAUGCGAAUGCAGCAAGUAACCACUCUUCGUUUUUGAACUAUUUUCGACCAGUCAACGACUCUGGGCUGAAUUACACAACUCAAUUUUUCUCAAUUCCAAGUGAUUUUGAAAUAAUUACCCAAGUAGUCAUCCUGAUUGUUGUCCUCGUCGUGUCGGUCGGCGGUAAUUGCUUGGUGUGCUACCUUGUCUUCACUGUCAAACAGCUCCAAGUACCCACAAACUAUUUCAUCCUUUCUCUUGCACUGGCCGACUUUUUGUUCGCAUUGGUGUGUCUACCUUUCCGCAUUGUAUACGUGCUGGAUUACUAUCUGUGGACACUCGGUUUGGGGGCUUGUAGAUUCUGGGUCUGGCUAGAUUUGUUAUUCUGCUCUGCUUCCAUAGCAAACUUAGCGGCCAUUAGUGUAGACCGCUAUUUAAAGAUCGCUUCGCCACUAACUUACGACAUCCGAAUGACAUCAACCCGUGUCGCUGUUAUUUUAGUAAUACUAUGGGGAUAUUCCAUAUCUCUGGCGUCGCUAUCAUUUGUGUCCGGUGAGGCUUUGGGAAUUAUAGUACGAGAACAAAUAUGCUAUAUCGACAACAAGAUCUACCUGACAGCAAUUUCCUUUAUCGGGUUUUUUGCCCCCUUCACCAUCAUGAUUCUUAUGUACUGCUUUGUAUUUAAAGUUGCGGUUAACCAAGCAACUGAGGUGUUCCGUCUACAAGAGUCGCUUUGCAACGGAAGUGAGCGGAACUCAAGAAGAAAAUCCAGUCGCUUUUCUGCCGGGACGAUCUUCUUCGAGGUGAAGGCGACAAAAACAUUGAUUAUACUUCUGAGCGUAUUUUGCAUUUGCUGGUCACCGUUUUUUGUGCUCACUUUGCUCAGUCUGUACAGUCCUGGUGCAUUUGAUGGCCUUCCCAGAGAGUUGAUGAAUUUUCUGAAGAUCACUUUCGUCCAUCUCUUGCCAAACUGCAACGCGGCAUUCAAUCCGAUCAUAUACACCACGUACAACCACCACUUUCGUAAAGCUAUUCAAAGGUUGUUAAAGCGAUACAAGGCAGAUCGGAGAGGGAGUUUCAACUCCUUUUCCGAACCUGCUUCAGAAUUCAAAAGAAAGAUUGGCUCGGUCGUUUGGACAAAAGCCCCACACACAGCAUCCGUGUGGUUCUCAACUGGUGAAGAAAGCACCCUUCAGAAUUUGACAGAGUCUUAAUUAGAGGCCCAAAAUCUAGUGCAUUAUCACAUACGAGGACGGGUUAGAAAAUGAUUUCCCAAUAGCCUGAGGGAAAAAAUAAGUUCGGUCUUUUUUUUUCCAUUUUUUUUUUCGUUUUGAUUAGGUUUAUGUUAAAUAUGUAUAUGUUUUUAAGAAUCUCAAGUAUCGCCUAGAUGGUUGUUUUUAAUCCUGUGUUAUUAGGCAUUACCCUCUUUAAAACGCAACAAAGACCUUAUCGAAUAGCCUAUCCUUUCGGUGUUGCUAAAAGCUUGCAAAUGAUCAUGAGAAGAUUUUGAAAAGUAGAUAGUGGAGCCCACGGCGUGGAAUAUUCAAUGCGUUGGGACCGGAAUUCACUAAAUUCACUAUUUGCAUCUCGAGAUUAAAAAAGUCGGUUAAUGUUGAGAGCUUAAGAUGAUAAUAGUUUCCACUCAUGUUUACAGCUGUACGGAUUCCAUGAAAAGGGCGAAAAAUUUCUUAACGUCCCUGAGUUUAUCCUAGUUUUAAAAAGUAAGUAACGGAUAAGGUCUGCAUUAUUUUGAUAUCAGAUAAGCACAAUGCCAACCGUGAAGGAAAGUGAAGCUACACUAAAUUAAAAUUCAAAUGAUUAUCUUUGCAAGAGCAAGUAUUGAGCUUUAUAACGCGAGACCGUCCACCAACCACUUUCAAGAACACUUCUCACUGAACGAGCUAACAAAAAAUGUAAAUAUUUUUUAAUCUUUUGGUGAUAAGAUCCAGAGGUUUCCGCUGGUUUCGACACUUGCCAGCUUUGAUGAAAGGUUUACCCGACCACGUUGUUUACAAUAAAACUAAUAACGUUCUGUAUCUUCAAUUUAUUCUUCUCUCCAGUGCAUGACAUUUCUGCUGUACAUUACUUACUAGCCUCAGUUUUCAAACUUUCUUCGCGUCCUUUACAAAACCUUCUUUUUUUUAGGUUGAUGUUUAUAAGACAAACGAGUAAUUUCAAUUGAAAAACGCAAAUAGAUCAAAUUAAUGCGUAGACAAGAUCGGAAAAAAAGAUGACGGCACAGUCUAAAUAAAGUUCUUAAAUAAGGGCAAAUAAAGAAAUUUGGGAUAUAACUGAA